AUGAGGCCCAUCCUGCUCGUCUACACCCUUCUCGCGUCACUGACGCCGUUGGCGCUCGCACUUAGCCGUGUUAUCUCCUUCACUGCAGGAGACCGCUGCCUACAACUUGGCGACCACUCGACAGGUCCGGACAUUUGGGUGGCUCCGAAUGACUGGCCGGCCGUCCGCCGAGCCGCUGGCGACCUGGCCACAGACUUUGGUCGGGUGCUUGGACAAGGUGGAAACGGUACUGUUCUUGUGCCGGACAGCGAUAUCCUGAAUGGUACCGCCAUACGCAGCCGUGGUAGACCGCCCAUCAUUGUCGGUACGAUCGGCAACUCGUCCCUGAUCGAUGGGCUCGUCUCGCGUCGCAAGAUCAGCGUCAACCCAAUCCGGGGCCAUCGUUACAUUCAGGAAGUCGUCUCCAACCCGGUUCCCGGCGUCGAUCAGGCGCUUGUCAUCGCCGGCAGCGACCGCCGCGGCACCAUUUUCGGCAUGUACGACGUGUCGGAGACGAUCGGUGUGUCGCCGUGGUAUUGGUGGGCGGACGUCCCGCCCCAGGCCAAAGAUGAGAUCUACGCCGCGCCAGGGCGUAACUUGGCUGGUGAGCCAUCGGUCAAAUACCGUGGCAUCUUUAUCAAUGACGAGGAGCUCACGCUGCAGCCAUGGGCCGCGACCAAGUACAACAUCAGCCAGUACGACAGCCCCUUUACAGGCGAGUUCACCAAGAGGGUUCUGGAGCUGCUGCUGCGUAACAAGGCCAACUACUACUGGCCCGCCAUGAAGCAGAGCAUGUUCUACGUCGAUGAUCCACAGAACGGCAUCAUUGCAGAGUACUUCGGGGUUGUCAUGGGUACCAGCCACACAGAGCCGAUGACACGCGCCACCGACGAGCAGUCCAAGUUCCUGAGCGGGUCGUGGGACUGGACCGAGAACUCGGCUAAUGUUACUGCAUUCAUGGCUGAGGGCGUCAACCGCUCCAAGGCAUGGGACACACUGUACACGAUGGGUAUGCGUGGGUCGGGUGACACGGCGUCGCCCACUCUCACAGCGCCUCUCCUGGAGCAGGUCAUCCAGGUGCAGCAGGGUCUUUUAGAAGAUGGCCUGUCUAAGUCCCUCGGGGAUGUCCCGCAACUGUGGGCUUUAUACAAGUGCUUCGAGACUCUAGACACGUGUCUGACCCUUGUGCAAGAAAAAACAAAGGAGGUGGGACAGUACUGGCAGGCCGGCAUGAACGUCUCCGAUCUCGUAACUUUACUGUGGACUGAUGAUAACUACGGCAACCUCCUCCGUGUCCCUUAUCCCAACGAGACCACACGGGCAGGAGGGGCUGGCGUCUACUACCACGUCAACUACGUCGGUAGACCUCGGUCAUAUCGGUGGAUCAAUACCAUUCAACUCAUUAAAAUAUGGGACCAGAUGCACACAGCCUACGUGAGGCAGGCCUCCAGAAUAUGGGUUCUGAACGUAGGCGCUCUCAAGCCUCUAGAAAUCCCGCAGUCAUACUUCUUGGACAUGGCCUAUAACAUGUCGAACCACCUAACGCCUGAUAGCCCCACGAAGUGGAUGACGGGCUGGGCUGAGCGGCAGUUUGGCUCUGGCGUUGCGAACAUGACCGCCUACGUCCUGAACAAGUAUGGCUUGCUCAACAUGCGGCGCAAGUACGAGCAUCUCACAUUCCUGCCCUUCGUCUAUAGCACUCUGCACUAUGACGAAGGCUGGCACGUGCUCAAGGAGUGGGAGGAGCUGCUGUCUCUUACUCAGGCUGUGUACGACACGCUCGAUCCGGCCACCCAAAUCGCCUACUACCAGCCAGUGCUGCACCCCACGGUUGAAGACUUAUAUAUCAAGAAGCACUACGGCGACUUGUACAAGGCGCAGGGACGCGCCAGCACGAACCACCUGGCGGCGCAGGUGUGGGAUGCAUGGUAUAUCGACGGCAAUAACACACAGCGAUACAACACCACGUUGGAUGGACGCUGGAAGCACAUCAUGGACCAAAAGCACAUCGGCUACAACAGCCGCAAUGCGCCUACCCACAACAUCAUGCCCAACCUGUCGUAUGUGUCGGACGCAGAUGUGCCCGCGUCGGGAAGCCUGGGUGUGAGCAUCCAGGGCAGCAAAGAGACGGCGCCUGACGCGCAGCUGUAUCUGUUAUCGGUGGACCCGUAUAUGCCCCCCGAGGAGAGGCGAUAUAUUGACGUGGUCUCGCGCGCCAACGGUACCUUUUCAUACGUUGUUCACCCCAACACGAGCUAUGUGUCUGUAUCCAACGCUGUCGGCAAGCUCUCCACUCCAGGCAAUAACUCGGAUGCUCGCUGCGUGAUAUCCGUUGACUGGAAUGCGGCACCCAGCGGACUCAGCUGGGUGUCACUAAACGUGAGCGGUGUAGACAGCAAGAACAUCACUCUAGGCGAGGAAAUCACCGUCUUCCUUCCCGUGAAUAAGACCUCGGUCCCUCGCGACUUCUCCGGCUAUGUCGAGUCCAACGGUGUUGUAUCUAUCGAGGCCGCCCAUUACGCCGCGCAUGCCAGAAGUGGCAACGGUGUGUCCGUCGUCGAGCUGCCCUACUACGGGCGCACUCUUUCUGGAAUCAAGCUAUGGCCCGUUGACGCUUCGUCACAGACCACGGCAUCGGGGCCCAAGCUGACCUACAACUUUUACACUUUCAGUUCUGGUGGAAGCAACGAUCCUGUCCCCGCCAACUUCACAGUGUACCUAGGCGGCUCCCGCAACUAUGACGCCACGCGGCCCAUCCGCUACGCUUUUGCGCUCGACGGGGGAUCUCCAAUCGAGGUGCUACCUGUGCCGAGCAACGCCCUGGGAUCGGACCCCGCAGGCUGGAACGCGUCGGUCGUGACGGGCGGGUGGAACAAGACGUCCCCCGUGGAUGUGGCCCCGGGCGCACACUCGCUCGACCUGUGGCUGCUCGAGCCAAGUACAGUUAUUCAGAAGCUGGUGUUGGAUCUGGGGGGUCAGAAGGAUAGUGGUUUGGGCUCGGCGGAGAGUUUCAAGGUGCAGGUAUGCUUAGACUUGCCCGACGGCCAGAGGUAG